AUGCUCAAGGGUCAGAUGGCGAAAGGUGGGCGAGUUGAUCCAGCAGCGGGACAGGCGAAUGGAAAGGGCAGGGUGAAUGGCAAGGGAGCUGGCAACGGAAAGAAAGGCUACGGCCCGGAGCGGCGCCAUGACCAUGGAAAGGGCAAAGGUGUGGGGCAGCGCGCUGGCUGGGCGAGAGACGCAGCUGCCUUCCUCAGUGAAAUUGUGGCGGAGGAGGACCCCAAGGUACAAGUGCUGGGGCUGAUCGAGCGCGCACCUGUCAUCAUCGAGAAGAUUGACUCGCUCAGCUUCGUGGACCUCGAGCGCCUCGUGGAGGCGCUUUGGGGCUGCCGCAGGGCCCUGCGCCGUGACAGGCUCCAGGCGGCCCUGACCAAGCUCGCGCCCUCGGUCCUCCCGGUCCUCUCGCGGAGCUUCGUGGUCCAGGUGCAGCGCCCCGACCUCCUCCAGCACCUGCUGGAGGUGUUGGUUGCCCUCGUGGAGGCCGCCCCGUCGGUGGCGAUGUUCCUCGAGGCUCCUCGCGUCUGUGCGGCGGUGGAGGAGGCGCUCUCCAGGUUCGACUGCCCGGAGUGCCGGCAGCUCUGGGGGGAGCUGCAGGUGAUGGCCAGCCAGGAUGUGGCCACCCUCCGCAGCGUGGUGCAGCGCCGUGCGGCGGAGCAGGCCUCCGCCCGCGACGAAGCUGCGUUUCCUGAUCCGGAGGCCGUCGGCAUCCUGCCCACCAUGGAGGAGCUGCUGGAGGGCAGCCGACGCCUGCCAAUCAAUCAUGUUGGUGCGUGGCAGGAGGACGACCUGGAGAGGUACCGGCGUACCCACUACCUCCUCUAUCGCGAGGAGCUCCUGGGCCCCCUCCGAGAGGCAGUGGCCUGCUUCCUCGAUUCGGAGAAUGUGGAGCUGCCCGCUGCCAUGGCGCGCACGCUGGUGCUGCGUCGCGACGGCGCUUUCAACUUCUUCGCGUACCCCGACACGCGCACGAAGGGCAUCGAGGUGUCGAAGUCCAACCAGCCGAUGGUGAUGCUGAGCUUCAGCACGGGCAGGAGGCGCGUGGACUUCAGUAUGGGCAGCCACCUGAUCUACGGCAGCCUCGUGGUUCUCUUCGAGGUGGACAACCGGAAGCGGCCCAAGCCAGAUUCGGCUGUGUUCGCGACACACACUGUUGGAGUAUCUGUGCUUGACGUUUCUCGGGAGAAGUUCAGCAUCGACAAGACCUACGUGAUGAGAUCCAUCGCCGCCGCCGCCGCUUGUGAUGCGGACGUUGUUCGGUCGGACCUGAUCAAAAGACUCUUAGAUAUCGACGAGACUGUCCAACUUGACCGCAAGGUCGCUGCUCAGGUGAUCGCCCGAGUCGAAGAGCCCCAAUUUCUGCAAGGCCAGGAUUGCGUCGACAUUGCCUCUGUUAAGUCCGACCCCCAGAACUUCGAGGCCAACCUGCUCGUGGACCCGAUGGCACAGUGGCGCCUUGGGCUGUCGCUGGCUCCCCUCGGCACUGGGAGUUGUGCUCCGGACCCGCCGGACCCAGCGGACUCGCCGGACUCACCGGACUCCCCGGACGCGCCGGACUCACCGGACUCGCCGCCUAUCUGCAAGAGCGACGAGCAUAUCCUAGGGGCCGCCAACGGCGAGCGCACUGUGAACGUGCAUAUUCCGUUCCAGAUGCCGGAGUUCAAGCUUGCCAGUAACGCCUCGGCCGUGGACGAUUUGCCUUCAAUCUUCUCACUCGGCCGCCUCAUCGUGGAAGGCGACUUCGGCUUGCCGUGGGUGCGGGAGUCCGGUGAGUCCGGCGCGUCCGGGGAGUCCGGUGAGUCCGGGGAGUCCGCUGGGUCCGGCGGGUCCUGUGAGUCCGGUGCCUCCUCCGCUGGCGCCGGUGGGUCCGGUGAGUCCGGUGAGUCCGGUGAGUCUGGCGAGUCCGGUGAGGUCGCACCUGCACAGCAAGUCCCGCUGGCGGCCACGACGGUGCGCGGGAGAAACCACAGGCUGUACAAUGGCUGCACCACUGAGAGCCAGGCCCUCUGGUUGUGGCGCGACUUGUUGACUGGCGAGCGCAACGACCAGGUGCAGUUCCUCCGCGACGUCAAGAUUGACAUCUCGUGUUUGUACAAGCGCGACCUUGAGCGUCGCAGCCACUGGAAACGCUGUGACCCACACCAGCAGUGGCCAGAUGCCGACUGCAUCGAGCUCGACACCUCGCAGCAGGAGGCCAUGCGGCACAUCCUGAGCUGCUCCGUGCCCCUCGUGCAAGGCCCGCCUGGCACGGGCAAGUCCUACAUCGGGGUGAAGGCGGUGCAGCUGCUGCGGCAGGCCCUCGAUCAGAAGGGGCACAGGGAGCCCAUUUGCUUGAUCUGCCUCACGAACCACGCCCUGGACCAGUUCUUGGAGGACUUGCUCGACUUGUUCCCGCAGAAGCUUAUCCGCUUCGGCGGUCGUACACAAUCGGAAAACGAGCGGCUGCUGGACUGCGUCGUGCACAAGCACAUGCGUUCGACGAAGGAGGAGUACGAGGAGCGGGAGCAGCUUCAGCAGGAGCUGCAGCACCAGGUGCAGUCCAUGGACAAGCUGCGGUUCUCGGUCAAUGACCGCAUGGGCCAGGUCCGGCUUCUUGUGGCAGCGAUGCCUCGCGGCACACUCGGCUCCAUGCUUGACGGACUGGGGGAGGACAUUUUGGAUGCCGGGCUUUUCCUGCCGUGGAGGGUUGGGGAAAGGCCGAACCCUACGAGGUUCGUCACUCAUGUGUUGCUCUCCUGGGUGGACGGCAAGGGCCUCGAUGAGGUGAAGGAUGAGUUGAGCAGGCGGAUCCCGUCCAACACGCAGCGAUCGAGCAUAACUAUGUCAAACACCUUCGCUGCUCUGCAAGAGGAGGUUUUGGACGAGGAGUGGACACGCAUUCUGAGCCACCUUGACCGAUCGAUCAAUGAUGCUCAAGAUGGUGGUAUCAUUCCAUGUGGCUUGCAGAAUGAAGGGGUCGAGGACGAGGAAUCUGACGACAGCUUCGAAGAUCUCGACGGCGACGAGGUCGAAGCACUGAUGGCGGAUCGCGUCGCAGCCAGUGUCGAGAUGGGCUAUCGCGGCCGGGCGUCGUCUCGAAUCGACCACGGAGUCGUCGAGAACGACGGCAGCCUCGCGGCUCGCACCAGGGCGUUCCAGCAGGCGAGCCAGUGGGAGGUGCUCGCGCAGCAGGCGCAGCGCAGACUCGAAGAGGCGGAGGCCCAGGCCGAGGAGGACGCGGCUGAGCGCAGGACGCCAGCGGCGCGCCAGGGGUCGAAAGAUGCGAGGCGGCCUUCUAAGGCGCGGGCCCUCAAGCGGCAGAGGCUGCAAGGCCUGGAGCGGCAGGUCGAGCGGUUCCGCGAGCAGGCGCCCGCCGAGAGGGCGAACUGGCAGCAGGCGAAGCAGAGCGUGCGCGAGGCGCAGAUCAGGUCGGUGCAGGCGGGGCAGACGCGCCGCGUUGGGGAGGAGCUGCCCGGGCUCAAUUUCGACGGCCUGGACGGCUGGUUGCCGCAGAGGUUUCGCUGGGAAACGCCCGUGGCGCAGCGGGAGGCUCUGCUCCAGCAGGCAGUCGGCGCGGCGGCCGACGCCGCGCAUCCAAUCCUGCUGGAUGGAUUUGAGAAGGCGAGGGAGGUGUCCGAUGUGCUGGGGCAAAUGAAGAAGGACGCCCAGCUGGCGGCGUGCAGACAGGCAGCUGUGGUUGGCAUGACGUCCACGUUCGCAGCGCUCAAUAGGGACCUGCUGGAGGUCAUGGCGCCCCGCGUGGUGCUCGUGGAGGAGGCCGGGGAGCUGCUGGAGUGCCAGCUUAUGGCUUGCUUGUCAUCCCCGCAGCUGGAGCAGGUAAUUCUCAUUGGGGAUCACCAGCAGCUCCGCCCCAAGCUAAAUGUAUACGAUUUAUGCCGCACGAACCACCUGGACAUCUCCUUGUUCGAGCGCCUGGUGCAGCUCGGGUGCAACCGCGCGAAGCUGACGUUGCAGCUCCGCAUGCAGCCCGACGUGAGCGACUUGGUGCGGCCCUUCUACGACCGCAUCGACGACCACCCGAGAGUCAAGGCGUACCCGCCUGUACCAGGGGUGGCGGACUCGCUCUUCUGGAUCAGCCACGAUCAGAAUGAAGACAACGUUGGCAAGGCGGUGUCCGCCUCGAAGUCCAACGCGCACGAGGCAGAGUUUGCUUGCCGUCUCGCCAAGCAUCUCGUGCUCAAUGGCAUGGACAAGAGCCGCAUCACGAUUCUGACGCCUUACUUGGGCCAGAAACGUGAGGUGAAGAAGCGUCUGCCGUCUGAGUUGCACAGCUCGUGGGGCGCGGUCGUUCAGGAAGCCAGCGAGGGCAGAGGAAAAAGCGGCGCGAAAGGCAAAGGCGACAGGAAUGGGGCCAAGGGUAAGGGGGCCAAGGGCAAGGGAGCCAAAGACAAAGGUGAAACCAGGCAGUUCGUCCCUGGAGUGCGCGUGGUUGCCAUCGACGACUACCAGGGAGAGGAGAACGACGUGAUCAUUCUGAGCUUGGUCAGGCGCAACCCGAGUUUCAAGCUCGGAUUCUGCGCCAUUCAUCUUGACGCAUAG